UGGAUGCACCCAAGAUGUCAGCGCCGAGUAGCUUGCGAAACAAUCCAUCCAGUUUAACCUGAAAUAUUCUGGAUAUAACCACCAGGAACCAACACAAUCGUGACGAACUGCAUACGUUGUUAUAUAUAGGCUAACGCGACAAUAAAAGUCUUUUGACUUUGAUGAAAUAAGAUCUGCUUCAUUUUCGUUUAUAAAUAAAGAAGACAAAUGUCAUUUUUUUAGUAUGAUUUAGAUGACCAGAAACUGUUACGGUACUGUUAGUGUUAUCAACAACUUCAAAGAUGAAUUAUUCACAAACAGAGCAGAAGUUAUAUGGUGGUGCUAUGAGUGUUGUUUUACCACCCCAGUUUGUUGAUGUCAGUUGUUUUCGAGAAAUUCCUGAUAAUCAAGAAGUAUUUGCCCACAGUCUUACAGAUCAGAGCAUUAUUGUUGACAUAUUAGAAUAUAUCACUGAACCAGAUCAGCAAGCCAUACAAUCACAUUUUCAAGAAGUUGCUGACAGUAAUGGUGCCAGUAAUAAUGAAAUAACCAAAAUAAUCAGUGUGGACGAAGUUCCAAAAGACGAAAUUUCUAUGCCAGAGUGUGAAAAGGUUUACUAUAUAUUGGGUCAACAACAUGUGGCCAAAUAUAAUGAAACAGCUAAAAAUAUCAUCAACCUUCAUCUUGGUUUAUUCCGACUACCUAUGUAUGGAACAGAUAUACUGGUUACCUUUAAUGAUCCAAUUAACAUUAGCCCAGAAAGUAGCAGCCACAAGCCUGUACCAACAUCAGCAACAAGAUGGACAGAUUCUGAUUUUAAACACAUUAUUAAAUCAUUACAGAUUCUGGACACUGGUCUGUUUGGUCAGUGAUAGAAAUUAAACGAGAACUGCUUCUUAUCAAAUUUCCUGCAUACAGGACACACUGAGCCAAAUUGGGAGCCCUACUGUGUACUAAUGUGUUCUUAAUGAUAUGAUGCUAUCAUCAGAGAUCUCUUCCCAAGAAUUUGGUAUAUUCCUGGAAUGUGGGGCUAUUUGAAUUCUACAGCACAGCAUGCCAUAUGGAAUUGAAUUGUUUUAAUUGUCUUGUUGAUACUCUACUUCAUUCAUUUUGAGACUAGCAUAUUGUACAAUUUGGCCCAAUAAAUUACAACUGCAAUGGGAUGUUUUACCUGCACUAACUUUAUUACCCAGAAAGAGGUAGAGUGCUUGUUAAAAACUUGGUGUAUUUUGUGACCUGGGGUGGGAUGUAACAGCAGUGAUGCAGUAAUUAUUAUAAUAAUAAUAUCAACAAGAAAUAAGACUACAUUAACUGAAGAAAAUCCUUUUUUAAAUGUUCACACCUGCUUAUUAUGAAUAAAAUCAUAAUAUAUUCUAACAUCGCACCACCCUGGUCAUGUUUAUAUGAAGAUACAUAGUGGGACUCGCUCUGAGCUGAUACUCCACUCACUGUGAAAAUGGUUUGAUUUAUUAUUAACCGCUCUGGGGUACCAUACAUGCUGGAUUAUAUAAUUAGUGAAAGUAGCCAAACCUAUUUUUUGAUUGAGGUUAAAAUAAAGUAUUGGGGAUUCGA